UCUGUCUGUCCGUCUAUCCGCCGGGACACGCGAGCCCCGGGAUGGCUACGAGGACAGGGGAGGGCGAGGGUGAGACACCCGCGACGGUCUACGACGACAACAAUGCCGGUAUCGUGACGACGGCGGGCACGCUCGCGGAAUCGUCCACGUCGUCUUCGUCCUCCUCCUCCGCUACCGCCGCCGCGGUGCCAACGGUGAUCCUGACGGAGAGUACCGCUACGAGCGCCGGUAGUCUGCCCUUGACGGGAUCCCAACAACAGAGCAGCCUGCAUCAGGUGCAUCAUCAGCAGCAGCAGCAACAGUCGCGACAGAGAGUCAACCUGAUCGCCGACGUAGCCGUCAAUGAUGUCGCAGGUAACCUCAAUGACUCUCGCUCUUUGGGGCCUUUGUUGUCGCUAUGUACCGCUUGCCAACCCCUUCUCUCCCCCCCUUUCCCGUGA